UUCACUUUUUCAUUGCUGGAAGGGCUCCAUACGAUAACCGCUCGAAUCGUGUUAGUCGUUCUCUCGAAAACUCGAUCGAAGGGCAGUGGCGCGUGCCAUUCAACCAAGAGACUAGUAAGGCAAGCUAGGACUCCUAGCCUAGGAAAAACCAUGAGCAGCACGACUGCAUCCCCACUCAACCCCACAGACGAGCUCCUACGCAGCCUAAGCACGGGCAACGUCGUGGUGGACGCCUUCGUGUGUCUGAUCGUGUCGCUACUGGUGCAGCAGCUCAUCACGUACCUGCAGGGCUCGAGUGAUUCGCUACUCAGCCGCCUGUACGGACUCAUCUUCGGCAAGAAGGAGCCCGAAGGCGUGUACCGGAUCAUCGGCAUCACGCAACGCUUCAGCUCCGAGGGCCACAAGAUCUGGGACUAUGACCAGAAGAACCACCUACUGCAGAAGGCUAUUUCACUAUACCUGGCGGACGUGCUGGAUCUGACGAACAAGGACGCCAAGUACGACCUACUGCAUCGACCGCAAAAAAAGACCAAAACGCUCACGGACAGCGACGACGGUGACACGAGCGUGUCUUCAUUCGACUCCGAUGACGAGAGUGGUUAUUGUGGGGCCGUGGACGGUCUGAGCUGGGAGGCGCUUCCUCAAGAGAACGAGUGGAUCGAGGUGGAGGAAGGCGUCCAAUUCAAGCACGAGACAGUCGAGCCUGAGGACAACGAGGAGAAGAAGACCAAGACACUGACAGAGACCAACGUCAACUUCAAGUUCUUCUCGACGCUUCCCGACGGCUCGGAGCGCAUCGACGCGCUCAUCCAGCGCGCGUUCAAGCAGUACCAGGACAUGGAGCGCACGCGAUACAGCAAGGACACGCUCCGCUACUACUACAUCCAGACUGGUGGUCCCAGUAUUCUGGAUCAAGACGCGAGGGUGACCUACAAACGAUACGCGUUGGGCGAGGAGAAGACGUUCGAGAAUCUCUUCUUCGAGGAGAAGGAGAACGUGGUGCAGCUGCUCAAUAACUUCACCAACAAGUCCGGCAAGUUUGCCAUCAAGGGGUUUCCAUACAAGCUUGGACUCUUGCUGCAUGGACCUCCAGGAACGGGCAAGACGAGUCUCAUCAAGGCUAUUGCUCAGCACACACGGCGCCACAUUGUGACGAUCUCGCUCGGCAAGAUCCACACGAACCAGCAGCUGCUCGACGCACUGUUCGACAUGCAAUUCGCAGUACAAGGGCUAGAUUCGCCCGUGGAAAUGAACUUUGAGGACAUCGUCUUCGUGAUGGAGGACAUUGACUGUGCGUCUUCCAUCGUGAAUGCCCGCAACGACAGUGAGAAGAAGCCAAGCAAGGCUGAUCGUAUGUUUGACAGUCAGAAGAAGGCGAUGGAGGAGGAUCCGGAGGAAGGAGUGGGCGGACUUAUAGGUCCCAUGCUCAAGCCGAAGAGUAGCGAGGACAAGUUGAAUCUCUCGGGUCUGCUCAACGUGUUGGACGGUGUCAUCGACUGUCCGGGACGCAUCGUGAUCAUGACCACGAACCACCCGGAGAAACUCGACCCGGCACUCGUUCGCCCUGGCCGCGUCAACAAGAAGCUGCUGCUAGGACACAUGGGUGUUAAGCAGGUGCGGCAAAUACUCGAAUACUACUGCGAUGCGAGUCUCUUGGUGGAUCAACAAGACCGACUAGAUGCCAUCUUCAGCGAAAGGAAGGCGCAGUUCACGCCUGCAGAGGUUGAAGAGUUCUGUACGGAGUUUGACGACAUUGACUCCAUCCUAGGGGGCCUUGAACAAACACACCAUGCCUAAGUAAAAUUUCUUAUCCAAUACAGUAGAUACUUUUCGUUGCAGUGA